AACUGCAAAAUUCAUGAAAGAUGACGAUGAUAUUCUAACUACUUAUUGUGGUUCACCUGAACAAAAUCUCCAAGGUUUGUUAAUUUAUGUAGCCAUACUCAUUAAAGCAGGACCCGGUGUUGUCGAAUUUUGGAAAAAACUUCCUGAUGCAAAAAUAAUCUUCCCGAUUCCAGAAGAUAUGGAUAAAGCUGAACUUAAUGCUCUGGAAUCUUACUCUACGAUCGAAAAUAACUAUGUCUUUCUAAAUAAAAAUGUGACUACUAAUUCAGAUGGCAUGCUGUAUGAUAAUGGGAAGAAAACAGAUGUGGAAUUGCCAUCAAUACUAAUGAAUGACUUUGGAGGGAUGCUAUAUCUACCGGAUGGUAUGUUCUUUUUGGGAAAUAAAAGUUAUGGAUUGAAGCUUCUUAUACGGAACUGUUAUCUGCAGUUAUUCGACUUAAUUGAAAUGGAUCGCAAAUCAAAUGGCUCAGCCUCUGCUAGUUGCACAAUUACUGGUACUCCUGGGGAUAUUAACCUGUUUGAUGGAAUACUGAAUAGUCCUAAUAACUUCCUUAUAGUUGAUGCGCAAGCUUUGAUAUUUAAUUAUCAGGCCUAUAUGAUCCAGCUCACAUCAAGAGGGAAAAGAUUUAAUGAGACUAUCAAAUAG